ACUACAAGCAGUUAGUGGAGGAAGAAGAACCAUAGCAACGGUCAAACAAAGAUGGCGACCUCGACUGCUGUGCGCCGCAGCACUUCAGAAGUCUUCAGUUUAUUCCUCUUUUUUACUGCCGUUCCUUCCUACGAAAAUGCAGCGAGCUACAACAACUUCAGUACGACCGCGAUUGGUGGUCAGAACGUAACAUUCAACGAUAUGGGCAAUUACACAGCGACACAGCCUACAGAGUUUGACUCAACAACCCCAACAACACAGAGCUACAGCAGCACAGAGGAGCCCGUCCUGCCGACCCUGACCACAGAGCCCCUGCCCAUCUCCGACCGCCUGCUCACUGUUGUGACCAAUGUUGACAGCUACUGUCCCUGUGAUGAGCUCAAAGAUGUGUGUGACAUCAACUGCUGCUGCGACAGAGAGUGUGGUGAGGAGGUGGCUCUGUUCACCGGCUGCUCUGUGGACACUGUCAGCGGCAACAAGCAGUUAUGUAGCCGAGAUGUAGCAUCCAACUCUUUAACGAGUACAAUAGAUGGCUAUUCAGAGGUGCAGUUGUUUGUCCAGAAGGAGACUAACUAUGAUGUCUUCUGCAUUCAGUCACAGAAUCGAGUCGAUGGAUUCUCUCAUCCCUCACCUGCUAUUCCUACUGGCAGCAACUUUGUCUCGCUGUUUAAACAGUUUAGCAGCUUUAUUUUUGGCUCAAAUGAGAAUAGUGGUCAGGUGUCCUCUGUAGAGCCCCUGACUGCAUCUGGAUACCAGUAUGGAGACAUAAUGAUGACAGCAGAAGACAGUGGGCAGAGGGGGGUUUUCUGGCUGCCAGCUCCUACUGUUACUGCUGACUGUGUGGACACCAGCCCUGCAGCAUUCCUACAGGAUCAGAGCAAUCGGUGUACUCGGGAUGUGGUCCUGGAGCAGGACUGCAGCACUCUGCUGGCCCUCAGCAUUGACACCUACACCAACAUCCAGGUCAUUGCUGGGAAGAACAAAGUUGCAGAUGUUGUUCCUGUUCAGGUGUCUUCAGUUAUUCUGCAGUCUGUAGAUGGGACUCAGACGGAGCUACAGAUCAGUGAUGGAGAAAAUCUCAACCCUCUUCUCCUGAACCGGACUCUCUGUGCUAAUGUGGUGCUGAAGGUUGUCUAUGUGAUGACGUACAAUCCUGCUGGUGAGAUAGUGAAUGUGACGGUGUCUGUGGUGCUUGGAUUUGUUUCUGAAGCAGCUGUUCCCCUGGAGCAGGAGUUUCUUGUCACAUUUGUCCAGGAGGGCGAGGAAGAGGUGGCUGUUCACUACAGUGGAAAUCCAGGUUAUGUGGAUGGGCUACCUCUUGUGUCAGGAACAAGAUCAGCAGAUGGGAUUGUUCAGAGUGUCGACCCCAGAGACACCUUGUCUCUUCUCCACAGUACUGAGGACCAGGACUGUCUUCUGGGACCACAUCAGCAUUCCCCUGUCCUGUUCGGCGUGGACUCUGUGUCUGGUUGCACAUUAAGACUGGAGGAUGCUGGCAACUGUUCCUUUGUCUCUCAAGUGCUUCUGGAUGUUCUGAGAGGACCAUACUAUACUCAAUAUGUGGCAUCCUUUGGAAACUCCCCGUUAGGCUAUCCACUGGACUGGCUACCAGUCAACAACUUCAAUCUCGGUGAAGCACAGAGUUGCAGCAUCCCGCUGUCAUUUCAUUUAGAAGUUGAGUGGACUAAAUAUGGAUCCUUGGUCAACCCCCAAAAUCAGAUUGUGAGCAUCAGAGAAAUCAUCCAAACCAACACCACCAGUUUGGAGCUAUUGUCUGGAGGCAGCGGUAUCCUGUCAGUCAGGAGCUCAGUGUCCUUUAUACCAGUUUCUGCUCCUGCUCAUCCUGGUUACAGAGCCACACCCACCAUUGAUGCCAAGCUGCCUUUUGACUUCUUCUUCCCUUUUGUCUGAACAGUCCAUUUCCCCUCACCAGUGUAUGGUAAAGUUUACCAUACACCCUGGUAGGUUGCCUCUCUGACAAUAAGCCCUGUGUGUCCUCUCAAUAUUUAACUGUAUAUUUUGUUAAUACUGUACAUAGAUUGAUACUGAAAAUUGGUACUUUGUGUCAAACUUCACUUUGAUGACUGGAAAAAUGAGUUUGAUACAAACACAUAUCUGUUGACAGUGACAGUACAGCAUGCAUAAGUGGACACACAGCCACACCAAAAGCUGUCAUCCGACAGGAGGGCACCGGGCAAUAUAUAUGUAAUUCUUGGUCAGUGCCAACCCUUGGCUCAUUAUUGUUCAAGGAGUUAAGGGAGUUUUUUAACAUCAGCAUGCCAUGUGUAAAGGACAGGGAAACAUCAAAAAUGAUUAAGCAUUUUUAUGAGAGAAUGAAACAUUAUCACACAUUUCAUCCACAGUCCUCUCCUUUUUGAUCAUGGGAUCAACACCACCAAUCAUCAACUAUAUCUAACUACUGUCUGGACUGGUAAAAUACCACUUUUCCACCUAAAUUAGCAAGUCUAAACAGAUUUUUUUAAAUGUGGGCCUACUGAUCCCACUUCCUGUAGGCAUGUAAGUGUUUCGCUGUACGUCACUGACAUCAUGUUUGAUGUCACAAAUGUCACAACCCCGGAAAUUGAUUUGUUUCACUACCAUAAUUUGAGCCAUUUGGUCCAAUAACGUAUGGAAAGUCUAGAAGAGCAGUACGAUUAAAUUAUUUUAUCCCCUUCAAGAUAGCCACCUCCGUCAGGAAUGCAUCUGUUUUCAUAGCCAUGAAGUCAAGCUUUUUUGGCUUCACUAACAUAGCAAGUCAUCAGAUCUUGUUCUGGGGAAUUAGACAACUUUAGUAUUGGUCCAACACAGAACCUUGUGGAACCCUGUGACUAACUAGAGGAACUGCAGUGAGGAUGCAGUGUUAACUUGUAAGAACUGAGAACUGAUUUUUUUGUAAUUAUUGUAUACUAAAGAUGUUGAUAUGUAUAUAGGAGUUUAUUCUUUCUAUUUAUUUCUUGCCUUUUUAAUACUUUUGUUUAUUUUUCAUAAUUGUUAAUGUUUUUUUAAAAAAAUACUGUCCUUUUGCUGUUGUGGCAAAGAAAUUUUCCCCGUUUGUGGGACAAUAAAGGUAUAGUGAUUCUGA